AUGUCCGGCCUUCGCGAUAUGUCGCGUCGACAAGACAACUACAAGGCAAAGGGCGUCUUCAAGCAGGAUGAGCUGCGUCGCAGGCGUGAAGAGGCGCAGGUCGAGAUCCGUCGCCAGAAGCGCGAAGAGUCCAUGGCGAAGCGCAGGAACCUCAACAUCGGCGACGACACCGACGGCGCCGACUCGGACGACGACGACGCCCAGUCCGCCGCCAUCGACGCACAGCUCGCCGACGAGCUUCCCAGGAUGAUCGACGACGCCAUGAGCGACAACCUCGACCGUCAGCUCGACGCAACCACCAAGUUCCGCAAGCUCCUCUCCAAGGAGAAGAACCCGCCCAUCGAGCGCGUCAUCGCCGCCGGCGUCGUCCCCCGCUUCGUCGAGUUCCUCCGCAGCCCGCACUCCAUGAUCCAGUUCGAGGCCGCUUGGGCGCUCACCAACAUCGCCUCCGGCACCUCCGACCACACCCAGGUCGUCAUCACCGAGGGCGCCGUCCCCGUCUUCAUCGAGCUCCUCUCCUCCCCCGUGCUCGACGUCCGCGAGCAGGCCGUCUGGGCGCUCGGCAACAUCGCAGGCGACAGCCCCAAGUGCCGCGACUAUGUCCUCCAGGCAGGCGCCAUGCGUCCCCUCAUCGCCCUUCUCUCCGAAAACCACAAGCAGAGCAUGCUCCGCAACGCCACCUGGACGCUCAGCAACUUUUGCCGCGGCAAGAACCCGCAGCCCGACUGGGCCAUGGUCUCGCCCGCGCUCAGCGUGCUCACCAAGCUCAUCUACUCGAUGGACGACGAGGUGCUCAUCGACGCCUGCUGGGCCAUCUCCUACCUCUCCGACGGCGCCAACGAAAAGAUCCAGGGCGUCAUCGAGUCGGGCGUCUGCCGUCGCCUCGUAGACCUCCUCACCCACCCCUCCACCGCCGUACAGACCCCCGCCCUCCGCUCCGUCGGCAACAUCGUCACCGGCGACGACUACCAGACCCAGGUGGUCAUCUCGUCCGGCGCGCUGCCCCCCUUGCUCUCGCUCCUCUCGUCGCCCAAGGAGGGCAUCCGCAAGGAGGCCUGCUGGACCAUCUCCAACGUCACCGCCGGCUCCUCCCAGCAGAUCCAGGCCGUCAUCGACGCCAACAUCAUCCCGCCCCUCAUCGACAUCCUCCAGCACGCCGACUUCAAGACCAAGAAGGAGGCGUGCUGGGCCAUCAGCAACGCCACCAGCGGCGGCCUCUCGGAGCCCCAGCAGAUCCGCUACCUCGUCUCCCAGGGAUGCAUCAAGCCGCUCUGCGACCUCCUCACCAGCAUGGACAACAAGAUCAUCCAGGUCGCGCUCGACGGCCUCGAGAACAUCCUCAAGGUGGGCGAGAUGGACCGCGAGGCGGCCGGUGGCGAUGGUCCCAACGCCUACGCGCUCCACAUCGAGGAGUGCGGCGGCAUGGUGUCCAUCCACAACCUCCAGCACCACGAGAACCUCGACAUCUACAAAAAGUGCUUCUACAUUAUGGACAAGUACUUCCCCGACGACGAGGCGGCCGACACCGGUCUGGGCGCUCCGCAGGUCGACGAGUCCGGUGCAUUUGCCUUCCAGUCCGACCUCAACGCCCCGCAGGGCGGAUUCAACUUUGCGCCGGCACAGAACGGCAUGCAGCAGUAG